AUGAAAGCACGUGUGGCUCUCGUAACUGGAGGCAGCAGUGGCAUCGGCUUUGCCGUGGCGCAGCAGCUUUAUCGUCGUGGCUGGCAGGUGGCCAUAACUUCUCGAGAUUUAGAACGAGCUCACAAAGCAUCGCAGCAGAUUUCUCAUGAUGUUUUACCUCUUGCAUACAGAUGUCCAAGACGAAGUCAAGAAGAUGCGAGCUAUGAAGCUGCACAGCUUGUGGCUCAAGUAUCCAAGGAAUUUGGAGCUAGUCCCUUGGCUCUCAUCAAUGCUGCCGGAAUGUCCAAAGAGAGUUUACUACUGCGACUCAAAGAUGCUGAUCUGGAAGAAUUGCUGCUUACGAACCUCGUGGGGCCUGUGCACAUGAGCAAAGCAGUGGCAAAAGGAAUGAUGCAGAAACGUCAGGGAAGCAUCAUCAAUAUCGGAAGUGUUGUGGGGGCUGCAGGGAAUGUGGGGCAAGUGGCUUACAGUGCGUCCAAAUCGGGACUUGCGGGGGUCACCAAGACGUUGGCCAAAGAGUUUGGCAAUCGCAAUAUCCGCGUGAAUCUCGUCGAACCAGGCUUUAUCUCGACGGACAUGACGGACGCAAUGACUGAUGCUAUGCGGACCCGCAUUCUGAGCAACAUCCCAUUGGCGAGAUACGGGAAAGCGGACGAGGUGGCACAGCUCGUGGCGUUCUUGGCAAGUGACGAAGCAGCCUACAUCACAGGACAAUGCAUUCGAAUCGACGGUGGGCUGGUGAUUUAG